AUGGCAAUGAUCGAGUGUGGUCACAAAUACAAGCUUCUUGAGUAUCAUCUGGGACAUGGCGCUUGUUUCGUUCUGGGAAAUCAUUUGUCGGAAACUCACUGGACGAGGCUGAUGACCAGGAGGGAGGUCCCUCGUGUUGUGGAGAUCGUGCGGUCGACGACAGUCUCAGAGCUCGCCACUUUCUAUGCGCCUUUGAGAGAACGAGUCGUUGAAGCCAAGUUACAACAGCUCACCCGAUCCGCGCUCGCCUUGCCCCAUGACAACGGGUCACAAGCGCAAGUUAUGGGAAUGGCGGAGCAGAGCUGCACUUACACUCAAACCACCGCACCGAAUGGUUUCGACUUUGAAAGUCUGUUUGGCAUGAUUUAA